AUGGGGACUACUGAAGCCACCCUCCGGAUGGAAAAUGUAGAUGUGAAGGAAGAAUGGCAGGACGAAGGUCUUCCCAGACCACUCCCAGAAGACACAGGGAUGGACACCCUUGGUAGCCCUGCAGAAGACACAUCCUCCCCUCCAAACACGUUAAACUUCAAUGGGGCUCAUCGCAAGCGGAAGACACUGGUGGCCCCGGAGAUCAACAUUUCCCUGGAUCAGAGUGAGGGCUCCCUGCUGUCUGAUGACUUCUUGGAUACCCCCGAUGACCUGGAUAUUAACGUGGAUGACAUUGAGACCCCUGAUGAGACUGACUCGCUGGAGUUCCUGGGGAAUGGCAAUGAACUGGAGUGGGAAGAUGACACCCCGGUGGCCGCCGCCAAGAACAUGCCCGGGGACAGCGCGGAUCUGUUUGGGGACGGCGCUGCGGAAGAGGGCGGGGCGGCCAACGGGCGCCUGUGGCGGACGGUGAUCAUCGGAGAACAAGAACAUCGCAUUGACCUGCACAUGAUCCGGCCCUACAUGAGGGUGGUGACCCAUGGAGGGUACUAUGGCGAAGGUCUCAACGCCAUCAUUGUCUUUGCUGCCUGCUUCCUUCCGGACAGCAGCUCCCCUGACUACCACUACAUCAUGGAGAACCUCUUCCUGUAUGUCAUCAGCAGCUUGGAACUCCUGGUGGCGGAGGACUAUAUGAUCGUAUACCUGAAUGGUGCUACCCCCCGGCGGAAGAUGCCUGGCAUCGGGUGGCUCAAGAAGUGUUACCAGAUGAUUGACAGGAGGUUGAGGAAAAAUCUGAAGUCCUUAAUCAUCGUCCACCCAUCCUGGUUCAUCCGCACCGUGCUGGCCAUCUCCCGCCCUUUCAUCAGUGUCAAAUUCAUCAACAAGAUCCAGUAUGUGCAUAGCCUGGAAGACCUGGAGCAGCUCAUCCCCAUGGAGCACGUGCAGAUCCCAGACUGCGUGCUACAGUAUGACGAGGAAAGGCUCAAGGCCCGGAGGGAGACGUCUGUCGUGCGGCCGCAGCCGGAAUUUGUCCUGCCCAGGUCUGAAGAGAAGCCAGAGGUGGAGCCAGAGGAGGACAGGUCUGCUCUGGUCACGGAAGAUCAGGAAACAAGGCAGGAUCAGGACGUGCCCCUGACACCCCCUUAG